CCCCGUUUUUUUGUAUAGUAAUCCCCGCAAGAGGGUACCUGCAUACCUCCAUACUGGAUACUCCAGUAUGCAAUUUGCAGUAACUGGAAAAGGCGGUUGUUUGAAGUAGGCGGUUUUUUAUUUAUCUCCAUUCACAACAGUUUAAACGAUGGCCGAGCACGAGGAACACCAGUAUUUAAACCUCAUUAGAAACCUUAUUCAAAACGGAAAUGUCAAAGGAGAUCGGACAGGCACUGGAACAAGAUCAAUUUUUGGAGCACAAAUGCGAUUCAGUUUGCGACAUGGAAAAUUUCCCUUGUUGACAACUAAACGAGUCUUCUGGAGAGGCUUGAUGGAAGAACUUCUUUGGUUUGUCAGGGGUUCAACAAAUGCUAAAGAACUUCAACAAAAGGAUGUCCGUAUAUGGGAUGGAAACAGCUCAAGGGAGUUUCUUGAUUCAUUAGGCUUGAAGGAUAGAGAAGAAGGAGACUUGGGUCCAAUCUAUGGCUUUCAAUGGCGGCAUUUUGGGGCUAAAUAUGACAAUAUGUACAGUGAUUACAGUGGUCAAGGGGUUGAUCAACUGAAAAAUUUGAUAGAAACGAUACGUACAAAUCCUGACGAUCGACGCAUGAUUCUUACAGCUUGGAAUCCAACGGCAUUACCACUAAUGGCGUUACCACCGUGCCAUUGCUUGGCCCAGUUCUAUGUAGCAAAUGGUGAACUGUCUUGCCAAAUGUAUCAAAGAUCUGCUGAUAUGGGUUUAGGUGUUCCCUUUAACAUAGCCAGCUAUUCUUUGCUGACAUGCAUGAUAGCUCACGUCACUGGUCUAAAUCCCGGAGAAUUCAUUCAUACGCUUGGAGAUGCUCAUGUUUACAGUAAUCACAUAAGUGCACUCAAAAAGCAGUUGGAACGAGAGCCGCGACCAUUUCCCAUUCUUAAAAUCACGCGUCAAGUGCCUGAUAUUGACGAUUUUAAAGCCGAAGAUUUUGUACUUGAAGGGUAUGAUCCGCAUCCAAAGAUCCCGAUGGAUAUGGCUGUUUAGACAUUGUACCUCUCCUUUAAUAAAAUUAAUCAAAUUAUAUACUGA